UAUAGUGAGAGGCAAUGAUGCGCCGAGUGUUGUGCUUAAGUCUAAGAUAAACACGUUAAGACAUGAAAUGGCCCUUGUACAAUGCCAUAUAAAAGUCAUAUAAGUGCUGAAGAACUUACCGAAGAAAGAUUUAAAUUCAGCAAAACUGAAACAUGUGUUAAAAGUAAUCAAGCUGUGACUUAUUAAAAUAUCGGGACUAGAAACGUUGAGGUUAAACACAGAGGACACUAAUCCUGCCAGACAUCAGCACUGUAUUCAGUUUACUCGUAGUGUAACAAGCAGGGCACCAGCCAGUCACCUUUACUGAAAUCAGGGUAUGAUGACUAACGGUCCCAAGCCCUCAGGAAAGGAGAGGGGGUCCUGCAAAUGCAAUUAUAUUCGUUUAAAAGGGACAGCUUUUAUUUGUAUACUCACAACCGCCAUUCUUUCGUUGGUAUUUCUUGUUCAGAUAAUAAUCUUGGCUUCUUUUAGACCAUCUUUAACAAUGCCUCAAGAAAGCUUAACAUGUAUUCCUUGCGAUGCUUUCAAUGCUAACACAAAACUAGGCCCAGAACCUCCUGGUAGCUCUGCUAUCAAACAAAGAGACGAUGGGAUGUGCUGCGGACCUGCUAAAAUCAUUUUGCAGUUAAUAUUACAAAUGGAAAUGCGAGCCCAGUAUCACUACAGCAACUCAGGUCAAAGUUUCAUUGACAUAGCAGAAGACUCUGCCACCUGUGAAAGACAAACACACGACAACCAGCCCAUUGCUAAAGCAGUUGGAAUUGUGGAGUUCAAACCUAACUACAUUGUAGAUGGUCAUUACAAGGUCCUGUGGAAUAAAAACGGUCGUACAUUUUACACCAAAAGCUGCGUCCACUUGGAACACGAAGGCGAAAUAUUUGUACGGCAGUCUGGCUACUACAUCGUUUCUUCACAGCUAAAUUUACUGCCUAGAAAGGAAACAUGCACAUCGAUGAAUGAAACCAGACCAAAGAUUUUCAGUCAUCAUGUUGAUCUUCUUUCCCACAUAUAUGGAACCACUGGUGUCCUGAUGCAAACCAUGAACUCAAUUGUAGGAAAUUGUUGUUAUUUUACAAGUUUCCUGUCAGCAGUUUUCAAGCUGAACAAAUAUGACAGGCUCUAUGUAUCUGUAUCCAGUCCUGAAAUGCUCUACCUUGACAAUUACAAUGAUCAUUUCCUGGUUUAUUACACUUAUGAUCUGCCAUACUAAAAUACGAUUCAAUUACGUUUACAUUAACACAUCAAACUCCAUUGGUAAUGGCUUAAAAUUUUAUUACAGCUUUAACUUUAUUUUACAAAAAAUUCCUAUUAUCAUUAUUUUCAUUUUUUUUUUAAAUACUUGUUAUCAUUAGUAUCAGUAUCAUUGCUGUUCACAUUUUGUUGUUUUGUUUUGUUUUAUUACUAUUAUAAUUAUUAUCGUCAUUAAAAUUAUGUUAUAAUCCGUA